AUGACUGAUAUUAAAAUCAUAAGAACUGUCAAAGAACUACGUUCAUGGAAAUCCACAACCUCAGGUUCAAUCGGAUUUGUUCCAACAAUGGGUGCUCUUCAUAAAGGUCAUCUCUCACUUGAUAAUCCAUAUACCGUUGUAUCAAUAUUUGUUAAUCCUUCACAAUUUGCUCCAGGUGAAGAUUUAGAUUCAUAUCCUCGUACAUUUGAUCAAGAUUAUUCAAUAUUAUCAAAUCUUAAAAUACAAAACAAGACAGUCUCUGUUAUAUUUGCACCAACAAUCAGUGAGAUGUAUCCAUCAGGUAUAGAUUUGGAUUUAACAAAGCAAAAAGGUGCUUUUGUCACAGUAUUAGGUGUUAGUGAACAAUUAGAAGGUAAAACAAGACCAAAUUUCUUCCGUGGUGUUUCCACAGUUGUAUUGAAAUUAUUUAAUGCGGUUCAACCUCAAUUUGCAUAUUUUGGACAGAAAGAUAUUCAACAAACUGUUGUCUUGAAAAGAAUGGUUAAAGAUUUAUUAUUACCAUUGGAAAUUAUUGUUAUGCCUAUUGUUAGAGAAGAUUCUGGUUUAGCUUUAAGUUCAAGAAAUAGUUAUUUAUCUGAAAGCCUAAGAUCAAGAUCAUCAAUUAUUUAUGAAAAUUUACAAGAAUGUGAAAAAAUUUAUCAAGAAAGUCAUAAUGAAUUAACAAAAGAUGAAAUUGUUUCAAGAUUUAUUGAUUUGAUUAACAAUGAACCUGAUUUCCAAAUUGAUUAUAUUUCAUUAGCUAAUUUAGAAACACUUGAAGAAUUAAGUACAAUUAAACCAGGUCAAUCUGCUGUUUUAAGUACAGCGGUUUAUGUUACAGAAAACAAUCGUACAAUAAGAUUAUUAGAUAACAUUAUCCUAAACUAA